AUGUCAUUAAGCGGAAAUAACAAUCUUUUACUUAGUGAUUCUCAUUUUCAUAAUGCUCAGCCACAACGUCGUCGUCAUUAUUUGGUACCUGAAACUCCAAAUACUCAUAGCUUCCAUCAUAUACCAUCAUCUGCUCAAUCAAUUCAAGCUAUGCUUUCAUUACCACCUCCAUUAACAUCAACAUCUUAUCCUUAUUUACAACAACUAGUAGUAAAACCUUCUUCAACACCUGCUAUAUCAUCAUCAUUAUUAUGUAAAGAUCCAACAGCUAACACUGGCUUUUAUCAUUUAAAUAAUCUUUGUUUACCAACACAUAUUUCUAUAUCAGAAAGUAUUGCUCGAGAUGAGAUGAUAAAUAAAUCAUCUGAUGAAAAUACAGGUUCAACAUAUUUAUCAAAUAAAAAUUUAAAUGAAAAACAUGAAUUAAUUGAAAUUCGUGUUCGUUGUAUUUUUUUACGUGUUGGUGAAAUUGAUACACUUAAUGAACGAUAUACAGGUGAAAUUUUUUUUUGA